AUGCUGCGUCAGUAUGUUCGCCAACUUGGUCAGAAGCUGGUCCACAGGCGGCCACUGGAGCCCAUAGAUGAGUCUCAGAGUCCUGCAGCUCAUCUAAACACACUGGACCUGGUGGGCUUCGGUGUGGCCAGCACCUUGGGAGCAAGUGUGUACAUCGUGGCUUGUGCUGUGGCCAAAUACAUAGCUGGACCAGCGACCAUCAUCUCCCUCUUGGUGGCUGCCCUGUCUUGUGUGAUGUGUGGUCUCUGCUAUGCUGAGUUACGGGCCCAGGUACCAUGUUCUGGUUCUAUGUAUCUCUACAGCUAUGCCACCAUGGGACAACUGUGCGCCUUCAUCAUUGGCUGGAACCUCAUCCUGUAUUUAGUCAUUGGCACUGCCAGUUUGUCCAAAGUGUGGAGCAUCACCUUUGACAGCCUGAUUGGAAACUACAUCUCUCAGGUGUUAGAGGAGACUUUCUCUCCGUACAUGCCCUCUUUCCUGGCCACGUUCCCAGACUUUGUCGCUCUGGCCCUGUUGCUGGUGAUGAUCGGAGUAAUGCUUCUGGGCUUUUAUGCAUCACCCCUGAUCAUCAAAGUGUUCACAGGCAUCAACAUUUUUGUUCCAAUCUUCAUGAUGAUCUCUGGCUUCAUUAAGGGAGACCUGCACAACUGGCAGCUCACAGAACAGGACUACAGACUGAACACAUCCGGAUCCAGUGACAUCUAUAGCUUGGGCCCUCUCGGUUCUGGAGGGUUCGUGCCCUUUGGCUUUGAUGGGAUUCUCCGAGGAGCAGCCCUAUGCUUCUACUCAUUUGUUGGUUUUGAUGGCAUUGUCAUGAAAGGGAGAGAAGCCCAAAAUCCUCAGCGUUCCAUCACUUUGAGCAUGGUGAUCUCCAUCUUUGUCAGCUUUUUGGCGUACUCUGGUGUCUCGGCAUCAAUCACCCUCAUGGUGCCCUACUACCAGAUUCAUCCUUUCAGCCCCUUACCACAGGCUUUUCUCCAUGUCGGGUGGGACCCUGCCAGAUACAUCAUGGCUGUUGUCUUCUUAUGUGCUCUUUUAUACAGCCUCCUGGGCACCAUAUUUUACAUGUCUCAGUUGAUCUGUGCAAUGGCCAAGGACGGGCUCCUUUUCCGGGGCCUUGCCCAAAUCCAUGCCCGCACAGGCACCCCUGUCAUGGCCAUAAUGUCUUCUGUAAACCUCGCAGCCAUCGUGGCGUUACUCUUGGACCUCCGACAUAUGGUGGAACACAUGUCAACUGGGAUAAUAUUUAGUAAUAUCCUUGCGACUUUUUCUGUGCUUGUCCUCAGGUGA